AUGACGACAUUUUCGACAUUGGAUGCGUUGACCAGUCUAACCCAAUCCAUACCGGAUUGGAACAAACGACUAGACGACUUGAACGGCCAAAUAGCUUUACGACAAAUCGAGCUUGCACGCUUGACCGAUCACAAACCUGCACGCUCCGUGAAAAAUAAAGGUUCUACCGAGUCCCUACGACCCAAAGAUAGCGAAGAAGCCAUCACCGAAUCCGAAAAGCCCAAGCAAGCCCCCUCAUCUCCCAUCGGCUCCCCCAAAUCCGCACAAAAUGGUUUCUCCUCCGACGCCCGACCCAAUUCCCCAUCCGUAGCUCGAGCUGCUGCCGCCGCCGCCCUUGAAUACAACCAAUCCCCGUCUCAAGCAGCUCCCCAAUCGCCCGAGCCCCUUACUCCCCGAGCAUCUCCCAACGCUCUAACGCGGCAAUCCUCGCAACCUACACCCCCUACGGAACCCCUACCACGAGCCCCCGCCGUCCUUCGAAAACGCAAGACGGAAUCCCUCGCAUCGGGAAACUCACACGCCCCAAAAUACAGAACCAGAUCCAUGAUUAUAGUGUACUACGACAGCGCGGUCCAGACCGCUUUUGAGGACCUCGUCAAAUUCGUAAGCGGAAAUCGGAAUGCAAUGAGAAAGGGGAAAAUGGCCGCCAAAAUGGCAGAAAUGAGACGCGCUGCCGAAAUGGAAGCCGAGGAAGAAAGCGAUGAUGAAUCGGAAUCCGAGGCUUCAAAAGUUCUGGGUAGCGCGUUGCUCAAGCCUUCGUUGCCAUCUCAAGCGGGCUCGGACCCAGCUGCCAAUGGGACAAAUGGAGAUACUCGCGCGGGAGCGAAACUCAAAUUCCCAUCGUCGAGAAACAUGGGUUCGACUCGCGAUCGCAAGACAAUUGGAAAUACGAUGAAUGUAUUACGAGGGUAUCGCCGAGCGGGCGGGGGAAUCGAAGGAGCGGGAGGAAAUUCCCCCGAUAUAUUUGAUGAACUCGAUAAGGGACUCGAAUGGUGUCAAGGCCAGUGCGAACACGCUGCUCACCAAUUCCUCCGCGAUGGAGAGUGCAGUACGGAGAUUGAGAAUAUCAAAAGGAGAUUGGGGGAAGUAAAGGAGAUUGCCGAGAGGAAGAUUGAGAAGUUGAGAGCGGAGGAGGCGUUGCAAUUGGAGUUGGAUAAGAAGAAUGAAAAUGAUGUUUCGAAAGAGGAUCCACUUGUUGAUGGAUCGAAAUCUAUGCCAGCAAUAGCUCCUGUCUUUAAUGGACCAGUGGAGUUGGAGGUCGAUGAUGCGAUGGAAGUGGAUGAUGAUGACGAUGAUGAUGAUAAUGACGGUUUUGAUCCGAGGAAAUUGAUCUUUAAGCGAUCCGGGGAUAGGAUGCCCUGA